AGGUCUGAGGGUCCGGUUCCGUUCUCUGUGCCCGGACACACACGGGACUGUACCGAGCUAACGGAGCUCUACCCCCGGAAAGAGGCAGGACUGUAGCCCACUAAUGGAGCUGUAUCCCCGCACACACGCGGGACUGUACCCCGCUGACGGAGCUCUGUCCCCGGUCACCGGCAGGACUGUAACCCGCUAACGGAGCUCUAUCCACGAAAACAGACAGGACUGUACCGAGCUAACGGAGCUCUAUCACCGGACACACACAGGACUGUAACCCGCUAACAGAGCUCUAUCACCGGACAGAGGCAGGAUUGGACCCCGCUAACGGAGGUCUUCUCUCCGCAAUCAGGUACAGAAGCUCUCUGACGUUACAUCGCACCUGUCCGGUCUUCGGUUCCUCUCGACUCUAUUCGGCUUGUGUCGCCGAAGUUGGUGACCUCAUCGGGCCCCUCCCCCCAGGCCUCUCCCAUGGCGUCAUGGCGACGGUGUCUAUUGGCCGUCCUGCUCAUUUGGCUCCUCCUCUUCCUGUCGCUGCUGUGUCACUUCCUGGACCUCCGGUUCUCGUCUCCUCCUCGGACCAGGUCUGCAGCAGAACCCGGCCUCCUUUGGGUCGGAUCCCGCCACCCGGCCUCGGUUUCUCGGCACCAGGUCCUCAGACCUGCCGGGGCCCCAGAGGAGGACUGGAGAAGGAGAUCCGAAGACUACUACAGGAGGCGGUCCCUGGAGGUCCUGCACAGGUUCUGGACCGGGAACCUGACCGUCGACAUGCUGGGUCCACGACUCCAGAAGGUCCUGAAGGUCCAGCUGAGCUCCAACAAACACCAGGUGGUGUACCGGGGGCCACGGGGGCCCCGCAGGUCCGGCCCUCAGCUGUACUGCGACCUGAAGAGGAGGACCAGGAUCCGGACCGUGGACGGGACUCAGGAGCCGUUCUCUAGUCUGGGCUGGGCCCGCUUGGUGCCGCCGCGACCUCUGGAUCAGAUCUGGACCCCCCAGUACCGGACCUGCGCCGUGGUGACGUCAGCGGGGUCCAUUUUAAACUCCUCACUGGGGGCCGAGAUCGACUCCCAUGAUGCAGUUCUGCGUUUUAACUCCGCCCCCACCAGAGGCUUCGAGAGAGACGUGGGCAACAAGACCACCCUCCGCAUCAUCAACUCCCAGAUCGUGUCUCGUCCGGAGCAUCAGUUCAGCAGCAGUCCGUUGUAUCGAGACGUCGCUCUGCUGCUCUGGGACCCGGCGCCGUACUCAGCCAACCUCACUGCGUGGUUCCUGAAGCCCGACUUCAAUCUGUUCUCUCCAUACGUGGAACGGCGCCGCCUCCGACCCCAGCAGCCGUUCUACGUUCUCCACCCCGAGUUCAUCUGGUCUCUGUGGGACCUGAUCCAGGACCACACCCAGGACCAGAUCCAGCCCAACCCGCCCUCCUCCGGAUUCAUCGGCAUCGUGGUGAUGAUGUCACUGUGCCGUGAUGUCAGUGUCUAUGAGUUCAUCCCGUCAUUGCGUCGCACUGACCUGUGCCACUACUACGAGCGUUACCGUGACAACGCCUGUACGCUGGGAGCCUACCACCCUCUGCUGUACGAGAAGCUGCUGCUCCAGAGGAUGAACCAGGGGACCUCCAUGGAGCUGAAGGCCAAAGGAAAGCUCACGCUGAGGGGCCUCAGAGACCUCAGCUGUGGAGGACAACCUGGUAGAACCUCCAGGUGACCUGAUGGAACCUCCAAGUGACCUGGUAGAACCUCCAGGUGACCUGAUGGAACCUCCAAGUGACCUGGUAGAACCUCCAGGUGACCUGAUGGAAUCUCCAAGUGACCUGGUAGAACCUCCAGGUGACCUGAUGGAAUCUCCAAGUGACCUGGUAGAACCUCCAGGUGACCUGAUGGAACCUCCAAGUGACCUGGUAGAACCUCCAGGUGACCUGAUGGAAUCUCCAAGUGACCUGGUAGAACCUCCAGGUGACCUGAUGGAAUCUCCAAGUGACCUGGUAGAACCUCCAGGUGAAACCGUGUGGAGCCAAUGGUUCUGAUCAGUUAAUCGAUCAGCGAAUAGAUCAGGUAAUUGAUCGGUGCUGAUCCUCUGAAACAUUUUAAUGAACGUCGACUCUGGAUGUAAUUUUUUUUAACACAAAUUAAUUUUGUACUAAAUAUGAAGAAGUUCCUGCUGUUAUAAAUGUUUACAGAGUAUUUACAGAAUGUUUACAGAAUGUUUACAUAAUGUUUACAGAGUAUUUACAGAACGUUUACAGAACGUUUACAUAAUGUUUACAGAUCUUCUAGAACAUUAAUAAUGUCUUACAUAAUAUCUGAUAAAACGUGUGAUGGAGUUUUUCUCUCUAAAAUAGCGUUUUAUUGACAGUAAUACAUUAAAGUGUUUGUGAACUGAA